GCCUCCGACUCAUCCCGAUUUGGCUACUUCCUACAACGACAUCGGUCUAGUGUAUAGCAGCAUGGGUAAAUACUCAAAAGCACUAGGUUAUUUUCAAAAGAGUAAUUCAAUUCGAGAACAAGCACUGUCAGAAAAACAUCCCAAUCUGGCUAUUACGUACAGUAAUAUAGGUGAUGUUCGUCGACUAAUGGGUGAUUAUGAAAAAGCACUGGCAUUUCAUCAGAAGGCAUUAAAUAUUCAAGAGAAUGUAAAAUGUAAUCCUCUGGAAUGUGCAACAACAUAUAUGAAUGUAGGUGAAACUUAUCGUGAAAUGAAAGAUUAUACAACAGCAU